GAGUGUGAGCUGCUUGGCCCCGCUGGCAGGUGUGCGCCUCUCAAAGCCCCAUAGUCCUCCACUUCCUGAGGAGGCAGCGGCAGAACAAAGCCAGCGGGCUCCCCUGCUCUCGCGCCCCGGCCAUGGCCGCCACAGCCUCGGCGUCCGGGCACCGUCCUGCGGGGAAGGACAAGAUGGCGUGGAAGGCGCUGGUUUCCCUGGUCUUGCUGCAGGCACAGCUCCCGGUUACAGGGGCACAGAGCUUUGGCCUGCUGGACCCCAAACUGUGCUACCUGCUGGACGGAAUCCUCCUCAUCUAUGGUGUCAUUAUCACUGCCCUGUUCCUGAGAGCAAAGUUCCAGUUCUGCGGGAGAGCGGCCGCCCCCGAGGACCCGCAGGGCCCCAACCAGCUCUACAACGAGCUCAAUUUAAGAGGAAGAGAGGAGUAUGAGGUUUUGGACAAGAGACGAGGCCUGGACCCUGAGAUAGGAGGAAAACAGAGGAAGAGGAAUCCUCAGGAAGUCGUGUACAAUGCGCUGCAGAAAGACAAGAUGGCGGAGGCCUACAGUGAGAUUGGGAUAAAAGGCGAGAACCAGCGUCGGAGAGGGAAGGGACAUGAUGGCCUUUACCAGGGGCUCAGCACGGCCACCAAGGACACCUAUGACGCCCUCCACAUGCAGAGCCUGCCUCCUCGCUAACGGCACUAACCACAAGCCAGACCCGUGGACGCCCAGAUUGUUAAGGACACAGGACAAAGCAUUUAUAACCCAGUUCACGCCCAGUUCACCUCCAAAGCAUUCCCUCUUAAGAACUGGAUGCUUUGCAUUGUUAACAUUUGGACAUAUCCAAAUCGGAAACCAUCAUCCCUGGACUCCGGAGGGCA